AUGCAAUCGAAAGAAACCAUCCAGGCAGUCCAAAGCUACUAUGGGGGACUAGCAGAGCGUAGUUCAACGGAGAACGCCGAGGACUAUCAGGCUACUGUCGCGAAAGCGUUCGGUUACGACCCUGAGGAUCUGAAGUCACUUCCCGAAAAUGCCAACCUGGGAGUCAGUUGCGGUAAUCCUUUGGCGAUGGCAAGUUUGAGAGAGGGCGAAACCGUGGUUGAUCUUGGAAGUGGCGGUGGAAUCGAUGUCAUUCUAGCUGCUCGCAAAGUCGGUCCCAAGGGAAAGGCCAUCGGCGUUGAUAUGACUGAGAAAAUGCUCACGCUUGCCCGUGAGAAUGUCGAGAAAGCGGGCAUCUCGAACGCUUCAUUCGUCGAAGGUUUCAUCACUGCCAUCCCCCUCGAGGACUCGACGGCCGAUUGCAUCAUCAGCAAUUGCGUCGUGAAUCUUGUACCAAAUGAGCAGAAAAGCCUUGUCUUUCAUGAGAUGUUCCGCCUCCUGAAACCCGGGGGUCGGGUUGCCAUCAGUGACAUCCUCGCUCGGAAGAAGCUUCCAUCCGAUGUCACAAAUAAUCUGGCGCUGUAUGUUGGCUGCAUUGCAGGCGCCAGUCAAGUGGAGGAAUAUCAUUCCUAUCUGAAGGAAGCUGGGUUCAAUGAUAUCAUGAUCGUGGACACAAAGUCGGACCUCAACAUCUACAAAGAAAUGAGUCAGGGGGAGAAAGUUGCCUGCUGUAGUGCGUCGUGCUCUGGCACCCAAUCUAAUAACGACAUCGGCAAAUAUGAUUUCAAUGAAUGGACUGGUUCUUUUCAGAUAUUCGCCGUCAAGCCUACUUAG